CCGGCAGUUAUUUUAAAUGCAUCCAGUAUAACUCUUCAAAGAAAAUCACGAGUACCACGUAAGCUUUGGCGGUCUAUUUACCUUAACAAAUAAGUUCUGUUUCCCAAUUUAUUCAAUUGAAUUUGACUACCGCUAUACCUUGAAGAAAAGACGCUGUUGGAGCUGUGAGAAUUUGCGGGAACGUGAGUAAGUGAAUGAGAUCACGACGUAAUUAGAGGUUUACUUUACCCUGCUUUCCGACCAAUUUAUUCUGAAUGUUCUGAGUUCUGGGAAGCCUAAAAUCACCGCGCGGAAGUGUUGACGAGAGUAAAUUGCUUUGCAAUUAGCUGACAAUGUCCGAAAACCUAGCUAUAUAUAAGAACCCGUUGCUUAGACAGUCGGUGCACACCGAAAAUUCCUUUGGUCGGAGAUACACGACAUGCAAUCCCAUCUUUUCAGGUAUCUAUUGGGCCCGAUUAUUUUGUCGGCUUUUCCGGACGCUUUAUUUCACCAGCCUCUUCAUCUGCCACGGCAGGGACAAUUUAUUCCGUUAUUGCCUUACGGUUCGCCACUUCAUGUCCUACUUAAUAACCAGCCACGUUACCACGAAUAUGCCGAAGACGAUACGAUUCAUUUAAGAACUUCAUAUUUGUUUAAUGACAAUCAGAAUGACCAACAACAGGAAGAAAUUGACGUCAGAAGUCGAAACAAAAACGGAAUGGCGAAUGAAUAUCCGGACGCUCAACUAAGAAUAAACAGCCUCCAACGUUUUCUAUUUGGCGGAAGUAAUACUAAUCCUUUCUGGAAGACAGCAACUUACACUUCGGUAGCAUCACUAAGCGUGACAAGUGUAAAGAAUUGUAUUCCGUCCUGGUUAUUUGUUGGUGGCAGUUCUACUAAUCCCUGUCGUCGCAAGAGGCGUGAAUUCCCAUCAGAAGAUGCUUUGCAAUUCCCCAUCGAUCCUUCAGAACGUCAACGAUUAACCGUAACGGCACUUCCUUCUAUGGAUCUGUUAAUGCGAAACAAUGGUCAACCUCGAACUACCAUAGUAUCUUCUAAAGAUGAAGUAAUUCCGAAUGAAGAUGGGCAGGAGCGACAGGACUUGGAUAAGGAGAAUCGACUUUUCUACAAGUUUGUGGCAUCUACAACAGCUUUCUCUUAUAUAUUUUCAACCUUCUUUUUCACUCGAACGAUAAGGCCUGUUGCAAAUUAUUACCAAGUGUUGUGUAUGCCGGAUGGCUACGUUGUUUGCAGUUAGUUAGAGUGCGUUGCAUUUAAGACGACACAUCCAUUUUGUUUCCUUGUUGUUGAUGACCUCAAACUUAAUCAACCAUAGCAGUUUUUAUCCCAUUAAAAUGCUCUUUACUUGUUUGUUUACUAUAACAUGUGAAAUACGUAGUUCCAAUUACCAGUCGUUGUGUUUUAACCAAAGAAGUAAAUUAUUUCGGCUAGAUUCGAAACAAUUCUGGAAGAAACAACAUUGAACAUUUUUAUAGCCACAAGGGUCCCCUCGUCCGCUUCCCCAGAACUAUUGUAUUAUAAUAAACAACCUGGCAACCGUGAACAACAUAUUUGCGCAAUUUUUUACAAUCAGGAC